CUCUCUCAUAGUUGUUUAAUUUUGUAAGUUAUUUUGUAAGUGUUUUGUUACAGUGUUAGGGACGUUUCACCAAAAUUUUUCUUUAUACCUCAAACACAAAAAUAAGCUCGGAUAAAAUAAAGCCCUGGAUGAAAUCAAUCAGUGACUGUAUUGUGAACUUGAUAUAUAUUUUGCGGACCAUAGUCCGCAAAUUUGAUCUUAUAGUCGAGUGCCAAACCUUCCCAACUUUUCAUCGUCAUUCAUGCGUUCAUUUAUUUCAGCUCUUAUUCCCUACCUACAGUAAUGCUGAACCAGGUAUGAUGAGCAGAAAUAAUGCUGGUCCGUUUUAGACCAAAGUGGAUAGCGUUUAAAGCUAGAAGGAACUUCCAUUUUGCGUAGAAGUUGCUCUGACACUUAUCGUAUAUGACAUUUCAGCUUUUACUAGCAUUAUCUUAUUAUUAUUUUGGCUUCACUUACCCUUGUAAUGUUUACAGUUUACAAUUUAUUUAGGAUAGUAGGCUAUAUGCCUGUGUUAAUCCUUUCGAUUUAUUGCAUACAGGAGGUAUAAUCUCGCCUUGAAUGAAUCAACGGAUGGCGCUGAUACGACGUGUUCCGGUAGGGAGUUCCAUGAUUGCACUAGGCGUACGCUGAACAAAUUUGAUACACCUAGAGAACAUAUCACAAACCUUUGAGUAUGAUUCUAAGCAAUGCUUUUAGUAAACAUUCGUUCAACUGUGGACAGCGGACGUGUCUAAAAGUAGAUUCCAAUACAAAAUCCAUACAUGCAAUAAAUUCGCGUAACACAAACACCAUUUGGAGAGUUAUAUUGUUCAUUAUUAUUCGUUCCUUGAGUUACAAGUGGAGUAUAUGAUUAUGUCCUCAAACACUCAUUUGAUCGUAUUAGACAGUUGGCCGUUUACUAGAAUCCAAUCAAUUAAAGGAUUUUGUUUUCUAGGUUCGAAUGUCACCCCGUACACCAGCAAGUGCAUGAAAACUAGCUAUCAAAUUUCAUUACAUCCGUUUCUUUCCUAUGAGUAUAUAUUGUGUUGAUUAAGUUGGGUUAUAUAUUCAUAAGUAUUCAUUGAUGACUGAAAAAAUCGAACUCUGAUGAUUUUUAUUGGUGUAUACAUCUUAUACACAAAACAUUUUUCCAACUCUAAAUUAGUCAACUGUAUGGUAAUAAGACAAAUUUUGUUUUUCAGAUUUUUGGUAAUGUAGCUUGUUGGUCCUCGUCAUUUGUAAAAAUGGAACAAGUACGCCAUGGUCAAGAAUCAUGGGCUCAGUUUGAUGAUGAUAACGACAGUUGUUUUAUUAAGGAAACUCUUUCCGUCCCUAAUUCCGCUCCUUAUUGCUGUUUCCCUACUGAUGCGCCAUCUUUCUCUUAUCAGUCUACGGUGAUGAUAAAUUCACAUUUUCCUAGUUUAGGACUAACUACUAAUCAGAAUUUAGGAUUAACUUCGCCUACUUGUACUUCUGGUCAGUUAAAUGAUCUGUCCGGUUCAUUAUUACCAUCUUUUGCAUCAUAUCAUUUACCUAAACAACAAAUAAACUCCGAAAAAUUAGAAUCUGUACAUCAUGGGAAUUUAACUGGUUAUUCACAAGCCAAUAAUUCUCUACAGUCUACAGACAUACGAUGUCUUGGUAAUACAUAUACAACUAAAUGGUCUAGUUUAGACCAUUCAACUGUUGUUGAAGCGAAUCAGUCUAAAACUACUCCUUUGAAUCUUCCCUCUGCAGUUGCAACAACUUUCAAUUCCAUAAACAGUGCAAAAAAUAAUUGUCUUAUAUCGAAGCAAGCCGGCACAGAUCUAUGGACAGUUACACCAGAUCAAAAGGCUUACUAUUUAUCUCAAUUCCUUAGAUUACAACCUGAUAUACGUUCAAAAUUAAAUGGAAUACAAUCAAAAGCUUUUUUUGAAUUAUCAAAGUUACCUUCAUUAGAAUUAUCAAGAAUUUGGGAAUUGUCAGAUCUUGAUCGUGAUGGACAUUUAACCUUGGGUGAAUUUUGUGUAGCAAUGCAUUUGGUUGUGUAUAAGUUGAACGGUGUACCAAUUCCUGAUACUCUACCAUCAGCUUUAUUUGAAUUAGUAGAAAGUAAUUGGUUAUCAGCUAAAAUAACACAACAACCACUUACGCAAUCAUCACAGUCGACAAUUACAAAAGCAGCCACUAUUGAUAAUUGUGAUCACGAUAUAUUGACCAAUUGUACAAUGAAUUCGUGUAUACAAAGAAAUUAUUUCAAUCCAACUAUGUAUGAUAAUACAGAUAUGCGUAAUACUCACCAAGAAUCGGAUUGUCGACAACAGUUGCCAUUAUCCUCAUCUCUUCUUUAUCCAUCUAAUCACAAUCAUCCGCAUCAAAUUAAAACAACUGGUACCUGUGUGUCACCUAUUGAUACAAUGAAUUCAACUGUAAAUUCAACUGAAUUCAAACAGCAACAGCAAAGACGAUGGUCAAUAUCAAGUCAAAGUGAUAUUUGUUCAUUAGCAGAGGGCAUGAUGUUAUUUGAAUCAAAACCAAAUAUGGAUGCACAACUAAAACAUCCUAUCCCGUUGAGAGUUCGAACCUUGCCUUCAAGUAUAAUCCCUGAAAUAAAUUCAAUGCAUAAUUCUCUAGUUUCUACUGAUAGUGGUCAUCAUCAUCAACAACAGAGUAGCGAUCUGUCAAAAACAUAUAAUUACUCGAAGAAAAAUGCAUUUUACACUACAGCAGAUCCAUUGGUCAUUGAUUCUAAUUUCCCAGGCAAACUAGAUAAUGAUAAUUCUGCUAAACCCUCACCUUCUGAAUUAGUCAAAAGUCGACACUAUGAAUCAUUCUCACCUCAGCAUAUUGCCGAUCAAUUGUCAUUGUCAACAUCAAAAUCUGCACCACCGCCACCUCCUCGGGCUAAUUUGUUACUUGUAACUAAUAUUGAUUCUGUCGAUGUUGGUAUACAGAAAUCCAGUUCAGCUAGGGAUAGAGAAAAAACUAUUUCGGUACUGACAACGACUACAUUGGAUCAGAGGGACACCAGGCUUACAGAUUCACAGUCAUUUCUUGAGAGUAUUGAAGCGUUAAAAUGUCAAUGUGAUCAAGUUAGUCAAGUCAAUGAACAACUAGCUAUAACUUUAAUGAAGUUACAAAAGGACAGGAUUGCGCUGAAAAUAUUUCUAGAACGUUUAAUGCCAUUAGAGACAAUAUAACAUCAAUCUACAAUCAAUUGUUUCUGUAAUAUUUUAAGCAUAUUCCUUCACUGUAAUAAGAGACAUGAUAUCAAUAAUAUUGACACGAUACAUUUCAUACCUGCUAUGAUCAACAGUAACAAUGUGCAUGCCAUCGUUGUGAUAGAUGUAUAACAUGUGUCCACAACACAAAAAUUUCUUAACUACGUCCUAUUUCGAUCUCUUCUUGUAAUAUACGUAUAUACAUCUCAUAUACUUAUUCUUCGCCAAGAGCCUCUUGCCAGUGAGUCUAUGUGUGAAGAGGGGAAGACUGUGUGUGUGAAAGCGAGAGAAGAGGGAAUUAGAAUUCGUAUAUCUAUUUCUCUGUAUCUGUGUGCUUGCAUGUUUGCGUAUUCGCAGGUAAUUGUAUAAUCGGCUUUGCUUAUGUCUCAGUCUUAUGCGGUGAAUAAAUAAUUGAUGCCUUUGGCGUUUUCAACAUUUGCAUACAUACUAUUCAUUACUACACUUUACAAAAUAAGAAAAAAUAGUUUUUUUUUGUCAAGCAUUUCUACCGUCUUAUUUUUGAAGUCAUUGUUUUUAUGUUUGGAUAAUAUCAGACUAUGAUUCAUGUAUACAUACAUAUAUUAUUUCUUCAAUUCUUAAAACAAGGAUAACGACUUAAUUUGAUCGUUGUCAAUUCGUUAUUUGCUUUGUUCCCACUGUUGAUAUUUUCCACUGUGAAGUAAACCUGGAAAUAUUCACUUUGUAUUCAUGUAUGUAUAAUUAACUUUUGUUUCAUUUUUAUGUUUUAAUUUCAUUGUAUUGAGUCCAGGCAUACCUCUAUGGAUUUCUUGUAAUUACCUAAAUACAUUGAUUAUAAUAAUCCAGCUGAUAUAAGAUUGGGUUUUAGAAGAGUUAUAAGUGAUCAAGCCGUAGUCUUUGACUAUGGGUUUCAGCCACAAUAGACUGUCUGGUUUAAUGUUCUCGGUGAUAUGGAUGUCGUUUUCAGUGACGCAGAUGAUGCAUUCACCUUGUAGUUUUCGAAACAUAUUAAAUCCUCAUGGUUUUUAAGGUUAUUAUUUCUUUCUCCCAUACAUUUCUGCUCAUUAUAAUUCACUUGAAUCUCUUUUCUCUAUCUUUGUGUUCUAUACGGAGUGUGGUUACUUGAACUUGUUUAACUACUGUGGAAAGUUCAAUUUUGAAACCCGGUUAUAAUACAGUUGUCCAUUUCAAGAAAUAUUUACUGUAAACACCAAAAAGUACUGAAUAUCUGUAUCAUCCUAGUUUGC